CCUCCGCGCCAGAGCACAGCUCCGCAGCGCAGCCCCGGGGACACGGCUGGGGCCCGAGCAGCGCCGGCCCCGGGACGGCCGCGGCCGCAGCACCAUGGGCGGCCUGGGCCUGGCCCUGGGGAUGCUCCCGUACCUGGGGCUGUACCUGCAGCUCGGCGCCGCCUCCCGGCACCCCCCGUGGGACGCCCCGGCCGAGGGCAGCGCCCUCUUCACCGAGACCCCCCACGACAUGACGGCCCAGGCCGGUGAGGAUGUGGAGAUGGCAUGUUCCUUCCGCGGCACCGGAGCCCCCUCCUACUCCCUGGAGAUACAGUGGUGGUACGUCCGCAACCACAAGGACUGGGCGGACAAACAGACGUGGGCUUCCAACCAGCAGCUGAAGGUUUCACCGCAGGAGGAGCCUGGGAAGGAUGCGACUAAGAUAAGUGUGGUCAAGGUGGUCGGCAGCAACAUCUCCCACAAGCUGCGGCUGUCGCGGGUGAAGCCGGAGGACGAGGGGACGUACGAGUGCCGGGUGAUCGACGCCAGCGACGGCCGUGCCCGGCAGCACAAGGUGAAGGCGUUCCUGCGCGUGGAGGCACCGGGGGGCACGGGGCACCCGCAGGACACGCAGCCGCAGGGCUCGGAGCCCGGCUCGGGCCACGCUCACCACCAGCAUCACCACCAUAAGGCCGGCAGGGAGCUGAGGAAGCGCUCGGCAGACACCUCCUGUGCGCUGUAGGCCGGGGGAUGGCACAGACCCCCCAGCCCCGGACUCAGCGGAGCCAUCGGGGGUCCUGUACCCCUGCCAGAGAGCGGCCCCACUGCCCAUCCUGCCCAUCGACCCCCUUGUCCUCCUCUUCCUCUUCCUCCCACCGGGUCGGUCUCUUCCCCAGCCCCAUGGUAGCGGUGCCAGGGCUCGGUGCAGGAGCAGGACCGUGUCCAUGACAGGGGCAUCACUGGGGCUGGUGAUGGUCCCCAUCCCACUGGUGCCAAGGGGGGUGCCCUGUUGUUUGCGGCCACCGCGGUGCCACCGGCCGCGUUGUGCCCCAGCUUUGGUGCCCGGUGGAACCCUCUGCCUGUGGGACCCUCGUUGCCCUCCCUUGUGCUUCGCAGAAACCUCCUCCUGUGCCCAUAGGAGCCCCAGUUUAGUUGCUCUGUUCAGCCCCUCUGUGUGUAUAAGUUCCAGCAUCCAUCUUACAGACCAUGUGAAUCACCCCCCCCUGCCCUGCCUCCCCCAGAGCUGCCCCAGCACAUCAAGGCUUGAGCUCAGCAGAGAAGGACGGUGCUGCAUGCUCUCGGCAUGCUCCCGGCACGGCUGUGGUGCCAUGGGCUGUGCCGCGGCAUUGCCCAGCCAGGCACUGCCCGCGGCCCCCAUGGGAGCUGUGCCAUGGGAGCUGGCCCUGCUUUCACACAUUGCUCCUCCCUGCCCUUUGCAUUCCAUGGAGGAAGGGGGCUUUGGUCAUGAGCCCCAUCUGUCCUCGCUCUGUCCCCACUGCCGGUGCCACUUGGCCAAGCAUCCCUUCGUCCUGCGCCACAGCACCGCACUGGGCUGGGUCAUGGGUUCCACGUGGCUGCCAAUGGCACAUGGGCAAACACCACUGCUGGGGACUGGGCUGUGGGGAGGGAUGGGAGGGUCCCAGUGUCCCUGUCAGGGUGCUGGGUGCUGCUCCUGCCGCACCAGACCUGC